ACUUCCUGUUGUUUCUCAGGUGAGUCAUCUGAGAAAUGUUGUCAGUGCUCGGUUUUGUGUCGACAUCAGAGUUUCAUGAGUGUUUGUUUCGUUUCCUUUUUUAUAUAUAUUCUUUGGAAGCGUGUUAAGAGUAUACCUGUAUUUGACAACCAGGAAGUAAUUCUUUAGUCAGGACUGCGUUUACUAGUGAGGACUCCGUUUGGAGGACGGAAAGCUUGUGUUUCACUCCUUGUGCGGAAGGAGCCCUCCUUUUUAAAUAAGACUGACACUUCUUUUUCUUCUCAGUUUGACUUCAGAUUUUUUUUUUUCCACACAACUUCUCCUUUUGACUGAGUGGGAAUCUCGAGGAUACAAUUAGAAUGAAUUUACUUUUUGGAUGCCGCUUCGCAGCGUUCUUGUUUCUAGUUGGCUUUUUACACCUCACGGCUGGCCAGAGCACUGCCGACACCUGCCUGUCCAAAUUCGAGAGAGGUAAAGAAAACUUUAUGCUGAAUGUCAAUGAAUCGGUGAAGGAAGGGGCUACGUUUCUCUCCACGCCGAAAGUGGGGAGUUACAUGGAGUGCGUUGAGUCCUGCUGUAAGGAGCCGAGGUGCAACGUCGCUCUGAUGGAGAAAGAAGGCGAGGGCACCAUUAAGUUAUGCUUUUUGUUUAACUGCUUAUACAAGAAUAAAUACACCUGCCACUUUGUCAAGAAGUCAGGAUAUGUCAGUUACACGCUGAAGUCUCUCUAUAAAGACUACAUCAAACAUGAUGCUACCACAGGUGAAAAAAAGGACUCUUCGCCAGUGGCCAUUGCAGGUUAUGACAUAGUGGUCCAGCCUAAGGAAAGUGUGACACUGAGCGGCUUCCAGAGCAAAGAUGAAGAUCCGCAGUCUUUAACCUUCAAAUGGACCAUGAUUACCAUUUACCCAAAUGCUAUCAUUGAGAAGACAAACUUUCCUGAUGAGAUCACUGUGUCAAAUCUAACUUCUGGAAAGUACAUGUUUAACCUGACAGUCACGGACACUGCUGGUCAGUCAGACAGCACUACGAUCAACGUCCUGGUCCUGACCGCUGAGGAGUCAGAGCACCGCUGCAUGGUUCCAAAGAAAGUUGGUCCGUGCCGGGGUUCAUUCAAACGCUGGCAUUAUAACGCUGCCUCAGAGAAGUGUGAGGAGUUCUUCUUUGGGGGUUGCCUGGAGAAUAAGAACAACUACAUUAAGGAGGAGGAAUGCCAGAAAGCCUGUCAUGGCACAGGUGGUCCAUCUGGGCGACAUCUGACUCUUGGAGAAGAAAAGUGUGGAGCUCCAUGCACCGCUGGUCAAUUCACGUGUGAUAAUGAUUGCUGUUUGGAUAGAGGACUGAAGUGCGAUGACACGCCACAAUGCUCCGAUGGAUCAGACGAGAAAAACUGCAAUGACUUUCAAAGCAACUUUCGUACUCUGUUGGACCUUAAGUUGGCUGGAAAGAGAGCGCACUGUACGGAUGAGCCAGAAACGGGAACAUGCAGGGAUAGCUUUACAAAGUGGUACUAUGAUCCUCUGUCACAGAGUUGCCUCCGCUUCAAUUACGGAGGCUGUGAAGGAAACGAGAACAGAUUUGAUUCUAAGGAACAAUGUAUGGCAGAAUGUCAUGGUGUAACAGAAAAUGAUAUAUUUGACAAAGAGACCAAAGCUGAGAAACAAGAGAUUGACUCCAAUACAAGUGUCAUUGCCAUUGCUAUUAUCCUGGGUAUAGCCAUCGUCAUUGUCCUUGCCGUCCUGGGGUACUGCUGGCUAAAGAACAGACAGCCCAGCCACACCCUGGUGUCCACUAGCAGCAAACCUCUGUGACACCAUCUUACUCUCAUCUAAAUGCUUUAUCACAAACAAAGACUCUGUGUUUGGAAGUGCAGGAAGACUUGUUUUCUUCUUCUAAUUAAAUCUGUAUGUGAAUAUGUUUUGAAGAGGAUGCAUACAAAAAGCAGAAAGUCUUUGGUGAAAUGUGAAGUGUUGCUUUCAGUGCUGCUUGCUAUUGGAAUAAAUUGGCCCAGGAAUCUGUAAGAUGAGGUUAAGUGGGAAGGAUUGAUUAGAACAUCAUGGCACAGCAUCAGAAGCAACCCUCCCAUUAGAAUACAAUAUUUGAUGUUUUCCUUCUUUCAUUUUUUAUCAGUUCUGAUUGAACAACUUUUACUGUUUAUUGUACAGUUGAAAGCAAAACUCCUGUCUUUCAACCAAGCCCAGGAGAUCUCGUUUAUAUGUACACUUUUCACAUGAACAUGUUUUGUUUCCUGCAGUUUUCUUACUUUAACCUUAUUUUACACAUUGUUGUUACAUUCCAUUGAAUUUCACCGACAUGCAAACUGUUGU